AUGACACUAUUAUAUUUAGGUAACAAUGUCAUCGAAAUGGUCACUAAGACGGAGUCUUAUCCAGAUCCAGAUGAAGACAAAGACGAGGCAGCUGUAACUACGGAAAAUUUGGAAAUGAUAAGAAAGUCAACAAUUGAUGAAGUUACAACACCGCCGGCGGAGACUAGCCAGCAAAUUAUCAAAAUGGUGAAAAAGUCAUCAAUUGACGAAGAGACCAGGCAAAUAAAUAGUGAGUGUAGCACGCCUGAACUAAAUGCAGAAGCAGAGGUAAUCAUGGAACUCUAUCCAGUAGAAUCCAUAACGGAUGUUAUGUAUCAAAAUAUAAAAAUUCUGGCCACUGGGACUGAACAAGGAGCUUGUCUAACUGAUUCCAUAGAACUUCUUGAAGACGCUUUAGCAAUAACUACUGCAGAAGAGGAGCAGUUGUUGCUGGAAAGCAUUGUAGAUUCUGAAAUCGAUGGAAAUAAAAAUCAGGACAUAUCAAGCAAUGAUCAUACAAAUCCUUUAGAGAUACAAUCAGCUGAAAAGGAGCUAAGUAACGCUAGUGACUUAGACGACCCCCUUUACGAACCAAACGAAGAAAGUGACACCCUUAGCAACAACGAAACAAAUGAAGAAGAGAUGGACAACGAAACAAAUAAUGAAGAAGAGAUGGACAACGAAACAAAUAAUAAAGAAGAGAUGGAUAAUAAUCAAAACAAUAAAGGUAGAAAGCGAAAAAGAAACCAUAAAGCAUGGAAAAAAAACAUAAGGAAAAAGGAAAGAGCUGCUGGCCAUGAGUAUUUGUCCAGCAAGAAUAAAAUUAUUCCAAAAAAGGAAAUGAAGGAAACCUGUCAGGAUGGUUACCGAAAAAAGUGCACACAAAAGAUAACAACUGAUGAGCGUUUAUCUAUCCAUACUCAGUUUUACAAUAAAGACUUAGACAUCAACCAAAAGAGGCAGUUUAUUGCAAGCUGCAUAGAAGAGGUUCCAGUUGAACGUGUUCGCGUUAGAACAGGCUCGCGUAUCGGAAAAAGAAAAUCUACUCUUAACUACUUUUUUACGGUAAAUAAUAAGAAGGUUAAUGUUUGUCGUACUUACUUCUUAAAUACUCUUAAUUUAUCCCAAACAUCUGUUAGAUUUGCAUUAAAAAAACGACAGUCAGGCGGACUCGUAACGGUCGACCAAAGAGGGAAGCACGAACCAUCGAAUAAAAUUGGAGUCAACGAGAGAAAUAUGAUAAAAGAACAUAUCAGCAAAUUUCCUUGUAUCGAAUCGCAUUACUCAAGGAACAAAACUCAAAAAAAGUACUUAGGAAGUCACCUUAAUAUUUCCAAAAUGUACGAGCUGUUUUUUGAAGAAUGUAGAAACCAAAUUCCUCGGGAAGAAAUACCUAAAAAAUGGCUUUAUGCUGACAUUUUUAACACUGAAUUUAAUUUGUCUUUCAAGGAACCAAACAAUGAUACAUGUGAUGCCUGUGAUGAAUUUAUUAUAAAACUAAAAGAAAAUUUGCCUAAUGAAACGCGUAUUGACACUCAGAAUGAAUAUGAUGCACACCUGUCAGAUGCAGACAAUCGAUACCAACUGAAGAAGCAAGAUAAGGAAGCAUCAAAAAAUGUAAGAAACUGCAACGUUCUAACUGUUGAUUUACAAAAAUGCCUACCUACGCCGCUUCUCAAAAAUGCUCAAAGCUUUUACAGCUUAAAACUUUGGACCUUUAACUAUACUGUGUACAACACGACAAAAAAAACCUCUUCAUGUUUUGUUUGGGACGAGUCAAUAGCUGGCCGAGGUGGCAAUGAAAUGGCGUCUUGCCUUUUGAGAUACAUUCUUACUCUCGAUGAGUCUGUCGAGAAUAUCAUUAUUUGGAGUGAUAACUGCCCAUCACAAAACAGAAAUCUGCAAAUGCUAAUGAGUUAUUUUUAUGUAAUGAUGGUAAAGCCAUCAUUGAAGUCGGUAGAACACAAAUAUCUUUUAAGAGGCCAUACCCACAUGGAGGUGGACUCCGUACAUGCCAGAAUAGAAAGACAAAUGAAAGCCUCCCCUGAUUUUUCUAUAAUUACCCCAUGGGACUGGCAACAGCUUAUGCGACUGUGCAACUCAAACUUAAUGGUGGAGGAAAUGCAAACUGUGGAUUUUAAAAAUUUCAAUUAUUUAUACGACAAUAUAAAAUCUUCCUUUCAAAACAACAAAAAGACCACAACAGAAAUAUUACCAGAGAAAUCUGAAUCAACCAAAGAAAAAAACACGGUUACCAAAAAAACUUGCUGCUGCAAAGAAGUCCUUACGAAAUUAGAAACACAUAAUUCGCAAAUGAACACUAAACUUUCUAGUGUGAAAGCUAAUUUGCUUCAAAUUCGAGAAGACAUUCAGACACUUUUGAAAAGGCUCACAGCAACAAAUAAUGAUAUUGAAACAGAAAAUCUGAAUAAAAUAUUUUCGUUACCAUUUGAUAAUGAUAAAGGGCUUCAAGAACUUGAAGAAUUCUUGUGUGUGAAAGAAAAUUUUGAAACUGCGGUUAGCAUUUAUAUGUUUUUCUUUGCUUUCUGCACUUUACUUAAAAAUAAAAUAAUGCUGAUUGUUUUGUUUGCAGCUGAUUACUACAAAGUACAGAGACGAAAUGAAGUCAGUGGGUCAGAUAGAAAAACCUGUCUGUUUUUUGAGGAGUUGAAUGAAUUGUUCGGGGAUCGCCCUGCAGCAGGCAUGGAGGGCGUUGAUUCAAGUUCGCAGAUACUGGACUCUGCUACGUCUACCGAUGAAGACAACAACGCGGCCUCGAACGCGGCAUUAGAAGAUUGUGGAAGUAGAAGAGUUUGUAGUGACAGAGGAUGGCUCUCUGGAACCAAUAGAGCCUACAUUUGCAGAGGCCUUUCAACCAGGGGCAAACUAAUGUUAGCCUUACUGAAAGAAAAAGAAAUGACGGAGAGUGUGAUUGUUAAAGAGAAAAUAAGUGUAUUUAUUGAAAAAUCUAACCUCAAGAAGACUGAUUCUGUUACUUUAAAUGAAUGUGAUUUUCAACCAUCAACAUCAUCAGCCCCGACAACCAAACUCGAUUUCUUUGAUGGUAAUCCUGAUGUAACAAAACACUCUUUUGUUACUGAAUUUACCCAUUAUGGGCUAAGCCCAGAAAACCAAAGUGAUGAAACGGAUUCAGAACCAUUUAUUGAAAGUGAAGAGGAAUAUAUUCCCAAUGAUAAUGAAUACAGCAGCUCUUCAAAUCCAAAUAGUGAUAUAGAAGAACUAACAAUUAGACCAAAGAUUAACAAACCUCCCAAAAAUACGCCCCCUCUUAAUGAGGAUUUAACUGAAACUGACACUGCACCUGAUAAUAAAGUAAUAAAUCUUGGCACUCAAGCAAAUGGUAGAAAAAGAAAGGGAAAAUAUUUUCCACCCAAGGAAAAAAUUUCAAAGAAAAAGAAAUGUGAACCUGACACUUGGAAGAAACGAAAGGCUGCUCUAGCUAGAUCAAAGGGUGAAUCUUACUUAUCUUAUAAAAAUAUACCUGUUCCAGAAAAGCAAAUAAAAGAAGAACUUCUGUGUCGAGAAAAGUGUAGGCUUAACUGUAGCACUCGAUUUACAAGGGAAGACAGGAUGAUUUUAUUAAAGGAAUUUUAUAGUCUCGACAUUAAUUCAAAAAAUACUUUACUGUUCAAAUCUAUCCAUAAACACGAUGUUAAAAGGGUGAGAAAAGAUAGUAGAAAACACAAAAGCGCAUCAUAUACAUAUUAUGUAACAUUACAUGGAAAUAUAGAAAAAGUGUGUAAAGAAGCUCUUUGUAGCCUAUAUCAAAUAGGUAGGAAGAAAAUUGGCAUCAUUAAAAGUAGACUAAACAGUGGCGCAUCAGCACCUCCUCCAGACCAGAGAGGAAGACACUUAAAUAGACCACAUAAAAUUGAUGAUGAGGUUAAGCAACAUGUUAUUGCACAUAUAAAUAAAUUUCCCGCUGAGAUGUCACACUAUUCCAGAAAUCGAAAUCCAAAUAAAAAAUACCUUUCUCCAUUAUUAAACCUAAGUAAAAUGUACCAGCUUUAUCUGGAGGAAUGCGACCAAGAAAAACUUCCUGAAAAAUUUAGAGUAAAAAAAAGUUCAUAUUCAAAACUAUUUGUAACAAAGUUUAAUUUAUCAUUUGGGUCCCCGAAAAGUGACACGUGUAGCAUAUGUGAUACCGGUGAGUCAAAAGAAGAACACAAAGAAAACUACAUAGCAGCAAUAAAUGCACUUAAAAUGGACAGAGAGAAAGCUAAGACAUUGGACAAUAUUGUUUAUAUUACAAUCGACAUGCAGCAAACAAUGCCACUCCCAAAAAUUACUACUUCAAAGGCGUUCUACUUGAGACAAAUGUGGUUUUACAACUUUGGGAUUCAUGUAGUUACAAAAACUCUAGAAAAUGCUUCUUUCUGUACCUGGACGGAAGACAUUGCUAACAGAGGAAGUUCUGAGACCUGUAGUUCCUUAUUGUAUUACAUCGAAAUAGAUGAAACUCUUAGAGACAAAAAUCAUUUGCUUAUCUGGUCUGAUUCUUGCGCCGGCCAAAACAAGAAUUUUUCUAUGGUCUGUCUUUAUCAAUAUUUAAUCCUAAAAGGAUAUUUUCGCUGUAUUGAUCACAAGUUUCCUGAAGUGGGUCACACGUAUCUGGAUUCUGAUCGGGAUUUUGGCAGAAUAGAAAAAGUGUUGAGAAAGCAUGACACAGUGUAUGUACCGGAGACUUAUCGGACAUCAUUAAACAUAACAGCCCUGCCUGAUAAUCUUCGACUUAUUAAUAGAAAAAAAGAUGAACUAAAUGAAACAGUAAGAUUUAGAGAUGGCAUUAAAUGGAUCAGAGUUGAAGAAUAUGGGUCAUAUCUGUAUAAAGAAUCAUACGAUGAAACAGUACCAUUUAAAAAAGUAAAUAUUCUAAAAAAUAAAAAGAUUACAGAACCACCACAAAACGUUGAAAUCCAGAGAGUUAGGGAAAAAUAUGGUACUAUAUCAGAUGAAAAAAAAAAGAACCUCAAAGAUCAACUAAAAUUUAUAAAACCAGAAUAUCGCUACUUUUACGAGCAGAUAUUGGGAUAA